AUGAGAAGGUCCAGCUUGACCACCUUACAGAACUUUGGAAUGGGCAAGCAGACCCUAGAAGACACGGUUAUAGAGGAAUGCCUGCAUCUCGUACAGAAUUUUGAGUCUCACAGAGGAAAGCCCUUUGAGCUCGAAACAGAGAAAGAUACAUCUACUGACUAUUUCAGCAAUGAAAAUUUGGUGGCCCUUGUUAGUAAUCUGUUUGUGGCAGGUACAGAGACUAUGGCCUCCACGCUGCGCUGGGGGAUUCUGCUCAUGAUGCGAUAUCCUGAGGUCCAGAAAAAGGUCUGUGAUGAGAUCACCAAAGUUGUGGGGUCGACCCAGCCUCGAAUUGCACACCGAACUCAAAGGCCGUACACAGAUGCUGUCAUUCACGAAGUGCAGAGAUUUGCUAAUAUCCUGCCUACAGGUUUACCCCAUGCAACAACCACAAAUACUAUCUUUAAAAAUUACUAUAUUCCAAAGUAACAUUUUUAUUUCUACGGCACUGAGGUCAUCACUUUGCUGACCUCAGUACUUAGGGAUCAAACACAGUGGGAAAAACCAGACACAUUUAAUCCUGAGCAUUUCCUCAGUUCUACUGGAAAGUUUAUCAAGGAAGAAGCUUUCAUGCCAUUUUCAGUGGGCCUCAUGCAGAAAUUCCCCAUCCAGCCACCCCCUGGGGUUUCCCGUCUGGACCUGGACCUAACCCCGGACAUUGGCUUCACCACUUGA